AUGUCACACCUCUAUUCUUAUUUCUCACUCUCUCUAUGUCUAUGCAAUCUAUCUGGUGUCGCUUUCAAGUAUUGCGACUUUAUUGAGUGUUUAUUUAUAGGCGGACCCUCGAAAGACCCGUCGCCAGGUGUAGAAGCCAACAGAUUGACCAGUGAAUUAUCUAGAGACACCAAAGUGAAGCGCGUCGCCAGCCUUUGGCCUCGCCGCCGUCGCCACACGCAGAUUGCGAUUACGACGAGAGGACGGAAUGACGCGCAUCGGUCUCAGUCUAAUGCGCCGCGACACGUAACGGUCGACGAGGGUGCCCACCCGCGUGACGGCACGAAGACGACGACAGCGCACCGAUCAAUCUCUCUUUUUCUAUCUCUUCGAUUUUCUUUUUCCUUUCUUUCUUUCUUCUUUUUUCAUUAUUUCCUAUCCCAUUUUUAUCUAUUUUUCGUUCUUUCUUUGCUUAUUUUACUUUCUUUUUCUUUACAUUUCGUUUUCUUCUUCUUCUUCUUCUUCUUCUUCUUCUUCUUCUGUUUCAUUCUUUCGUUGUUUUCUUUGCUUUCUUACUUUUUCUCUUUCUUUUCAUUACGCUUUCUCCCUUACUUUCCUUUUUCUCUUUCUUAUAUUUACCGUUUCACUUCCUUCCUCCCGUCAUAUCUCGAACAUUACAACAUCUCUUCAUGCAUAAGCCUAAUCCCUGACUGA